UCUAAGCGGUCAUCGUUUUAUUUUUCGUUGUGUUACAAACUGGAUCGCCGCUGCCGUGUUUAUAAUAUAGGGAAAGUGCACGUCAAUUUGCCCAUCGCUGAUGGCUACGACGUCGUUUUGUGUGUUCAUGAGUGUUGUGCGAUGACAAACUAGUGUGUCUGAGCGAAAGAUUACCUUUCCCAUCCUGUGUCUUUUUGUCAAAUUUCAUUGCGAGAGAGAAACGCGGGUUGAUUGUUGACGUUAUUCCUCGGCACACACGGUGACCAUCUUGAAAACCAUCCAGGAUGCCGGAUGAAGCUGGUGGUGGCGGUGGCGGUGGUCUGAAGGGGAGAUUCGCAGCCGCCCCCGGCACGAGGAGGACACUGCUGGCGCUGCUGAUGCUGCUUGUUAUGUCACAUGCCGCAGUCAAAGACUGCAGCUUUCCAUCGACCUACAGCGGGAGGUGGUUUCAGAUGGGCAAAGAGGGACCCAUCAUCGCCAACUCGACGCACUUGCUCGACAGGAGAUGUAUAGCUAGGAAAGGCAACGACACCUUCCUCACUUACGAUGAAAACACGGAAAAGUGCUAUCGGUGUAUGAUAUUCACCGAGAGACACGAGAACGUCAUCCAGUACCGAGAAUCGUCCUACUGUUUGUCGUACGAGGUGGACCUGGACACGGCCUGCGGCGAGCUCGCCUCGGACGACAGCCUCUACUCGAUGUUCCGCAUCGACGCCAAGCCCAUCAGCUGCCCGUUCAGCGGCAUGCCGUUCAGCUUCAGCUACAACCGCGGCCACGGCGACUGCGAGGCCCUGGAGAACCAGGCCGAGAGCUGCACCGACGACAGCAAGCUGCUGCUCAAGUACCAGGCCUGCGCCGACAUCAAGGGCGCCGAGAGCAGCACCGAGGAGCUGCAGUGCCUGGCCACGUGGAAGGACGGCCGCAUCAUGUACCUGCUGGGCACUCUCAAAGUGCCCGGACGACCGCAGGUCUACGAGGACACCUACAGGUGCUUCCUGUACGAAAAGAUUCACCACAGCAACAAGACUGAGUAUCUGAUAUCGCAGUCGGGCGAUCAAAGUUGCAACGGCCUCACUGCAGUCACCGAAGGGGCAAGGACUUUCCAUUUUAUCAAAGUGGACAAAGAGCACACCAAGUGCAAGUAUCCCUCGUGGGUGACGCAGCACCACGACUGGCACCUGCUCGACGGAUCGCGCAGUUACCACUUCACCACUGGCAACUCUACCCUGAAGGUCACCUACCGCGACGAGUAUGAUCGAGAAGAGAAGGUGAUUUGCCACAAUCUUGAAAAAGUGCAAAGCGAUCAUCGAGGCACUACUGUCAAACUCGUUGCUCACGUCACUAGUGGAUGUGAUACUGGCUACGUGUGCAUGAUCUUUCGCAAGCGGGACGGACACGUCAUCGAGAUCCAGCAAUCGAGUCAAAAGAUGAUUAUGCCGCACGAAGCUUGCUCGCUCGAUGACCCGUCGAAGCAACGAUUCGACACGUUAAUUACAUCGAAUUUACAUAAGCGCUCUUGUCCACAACCCGGUCGUUAUACAGUUCUUGAUCUCGUCUCAACACCUCAAUUAAAACUUUCUCGACACCAUCGAAGUCUGGUGAUAAAACGGUCGUAUGCCGAAGACAGUAACGAGGCUGGAAUGCCAAAUGACGAUUGUCAAAAUGCCGACGUUCAGAUUGGCUGCACAUCUUCUGGACAAAACGAAAUGAUCAUUCAAGAAUCAUGCAAGAGGACGGAUAUGGUUUCAGCUUACUCGUGUCAUGGCAGCUGGGAGGAAAACGGCACAUGGUAUACCAUCGUGUCGCGGAACAAAACUGAUCUGGAGAAGGAGACGCUGUGCGUCUCGAUGCGAGUGAGCGAAAGCACGAAGGAAUUACCUGGUAGAGUCGGCAGAGUGGAACAACAGGAACUUUGGCUCUCGAGGCCACAGACUGUCUGUCAACGAAGCGUUUCCGCCGAUCAGUGGACUUACAAGCUCGCUAAUCAAGGUGUGUGCGAGGACCUUAUGAGGGCGGCUUCCAGCUCGGCAGCAUCGUCCAGCCUGAUGAGGGUUUCGGUUGGUCUGUCAGUCGGUUUGACGCUGCUGUGCGGUAUCCUGUCGAGAUGAUAUGUGGCUGGACAACGUCAGCCAACGUUACGCGCUUAAUGCGCCCACCAUCGAUCCAUACUCGUUCUUUCUUUUUCUCUGUGUACCCAUGAGUGCGCGACCGCCAACUCUAUGUAUAUAAUAUGUGUUUAUAGUCAACUGCGUGUACGUUGGGGGGGAGGGGGGGGGGGGUGAAGGUGGAGAGUGAAAAACAAAAGUUUCGGAGACUGCUGUCUGUCUUAUAACAUGAGAAUGUGGGCGAUAUGGGUGGUAAUGUGGAUGUCUGUUUUGGGAAAGCUGGAGAGAACUUUGUUGUUUUCUUGUUUGCGGUUCAUUUGAAAAACUUUUACUUUACUUUGCUGCACCGGGAUAGAACUAGAAAAAAGUGCGCCGAUAUGGAGAUUUCAAUUUUACAGUCAUAUAUGUAUAUUUGUUUUACCAUUAUCGAUUGCUACAUCGUUUUAUUUUAUAUCAGUCUAUUUUUUGGUUUUGAAUAAAUAAAAAUUGUAUGAAACAUGGAAAGCUCUGUAGUAAUACGAUGCGCACGUUUUUUUCUAGCAAUAUCUUGUGCAUUUCCAGAAAGUAUUAAGAUAAUACAGUGCUGGUCAGCCACUUUUACCCCCCCACGGGCAAAAUCAGUCUAACUUCAA